UAUGGCGCCAAGCCACGUAUCCUACAGGCUGUAUGGAAGACCCGAUUUGUAAGCGCCUUCGAGCUUGUUGCUCGCGCUACCUACUCAGGUCUGGUGGUGCGAUCAUGGCUAGCGUCAAGUCGUAGCUUGCUCAGCUUAUCACGAGAAACUCCAAUUGUAAUGCAGUUCCUUAUCGUUGUGUGUAUCGAGUGUGUUGUUUUUAAUGAUAGUUAUGGUUAUUGGUGUCCAAGCCUCCACACGUGAGAAGGUUUCUCGAGUGCUAUUGUUUGUUGUGGACUUUCGCGGUUUCUAUCAGCUACAGAGUGCAUUCCAAGCUUUGUCGCAACUCAACUACAUGUCGCGCGAACGAUCAAGGGGUGGAGGAUUUCUCGGUGCAAACAGGAAAAAGUAGUAGUAGGAAUUAUCAACAAUGCCCUCGUUUCCUUUGAGAAGAGCGCUUCCGGGCUCGACACAACGAAGCAAGAGCAGAAAUUGUUAUCGUUAUGUGCUCAUUGUUUGCGCCAUUGUUGUGGUGUCGAUUGCCGGGCCUUCAUACUUUCUGACUACGAAGGGAGACAGCAAUUUUGCCAUCUGGCAAACGCACUCUGCAUAUGAAGCAUCGAAUGCAUUUCUUCAAGAAGAAAAUGUGAGGCGCAUUGCCUUGGAGCAAGUAGGAAAACUCUUCCCCCAGGAGGUACGAGACCUCUUGAAUGCAAAUUAUGAACAGCAUGGGUCCUUGAAUCUGAACGUUGCUGGCCGAAAUGACUUGUCUUCGUCUUGGGUACGGGAACGUGCUCUUGACAUGAGUAGGAGAAAUCCUGAAGUGCGAGGUGUUGAGGAUAGGAAACUAGAGCAAGCUUCUGAAAUUAAUGAGGGCGAAGAAAUCGGCGGGAGGAAUGUCAAAAGCAUUAUAGGAUCAAAAGGACAUCAUGAAGAGAUGGAGCCUGCACAAAGGCAUCAGAGAAAAGUAGGAUGUGAAACAAGAAAUUUCAAAUUCUCGAGUUUGACAGGUGCAGAAUCCCAACUCGAGGAGUCAGUUUCAAAGGAUGAAGCUUUUUCGGGUUUUGAGACAGGAUGCUCAGAAGAAGACUUUACGACAGGUGGAACUAUUCAGCAAGUCACACAGAUAGAAAACGACUCUACCGCUAAAAUUGCAAGAAAGGAGCGCCGAGAGCAGCGAUUUGAAAGUAGAGUGAUAGACCUUAUUCAACGGGAUGAGGAGCAAUCUAUGAGACUGGAAGCUGAGGCGAUUAGAAGGUCGAAAGAUGGUGGGAUCACGGGAUUACACAGCGUGUGGAGACCAGUAGAAAUAUCUGCUAAUUCUGACAACACUGUGCGAGUCAUGCGUGAUCAGCUGAUUAUGGCACGAGCUUACGCAAACCUUGCCUCAAUCUAUAAUAAUACUCGACUCGCUCAUGAGCUGAAGGCUCGCAUCAAAGAAAACGUCAAACUGCUAGAGGAUGUCACAAUGGAUUCUGAGCUCCCAAAGGGAGUGGAAGAAAAGAUGAAGGCAAUGGGUCAGCUUUUAUCUCGAGCGAAGAAUAUCAAGACUGAUGAUAAAGCGCUAAUCAAGAAGCUGAGAGCCAUGCUACAGACAUCAGAGGAUCAGCUUAGUAAUUUUAAGAAGCAGAGCAACUUCUUGAGCCAGCUGGCUGCAAAAACUGUGCCGAAGGGUCUUCAUUGCCUGUCGAUGCGACUGACUGUGAAAUACAAUGAUCUCAGUCCUGACGAACGUCAGUUUCCGAACGUGCAAAAUCUCGAAGAUAAUACUUUAUAUCAUUACGCCCUCUUUUCCGACAAUGUCCUUGCAACUGCUGUGGUUGUGAACUCAACUGUUACAAACGCGAAGGAACCAGAAAAACAUGUAAUUCAUGUAGUUACAGACACUCUCAAUUAUGGAGCGAUGAGAAUGUGGUUUCUUGGCAACCCUCCGGGCAACGCCACCAUUGAGGUUCAGAAUGUGGAUGACUUUAAGUGGUUAAACUCUUCGUACUGCCCGGUUUUGAAGCAACUGGAGAUGGACUCCAUGAAAGCCUACUUCUUCAAGUCUGGGAAGGAAAGGAUAUCCGCCAAUUUAAAGUACAGGAAUCCAAAAUAUCUGUCCAUGCUUAACCACCUGAGGUUCUAUCUACCUGAAGUUUUUCCCAACCUGGACAAAAUUCUAUUUCUGGACGAUGAUGUUGUCGUCAAGAAGGAUCUUACGCCGCUCUGGUCGGUCAGUCUUGAAGGAAAAGUUAAUGGGGCAGUUGAAACUUGUGGGAAAAGUUUUCAUCGUUUCGACAAAUACUUGAAUUUCUCAAACCCACACAUAGCAAGAAACUUUGAUCCCCAUGCCUGUGGCUGGGCGUACGGCAUGAACAUCUUCGAUCUGAAGGAGUGGAAGAAACGUCAUAUCACAGCCAUUUACCAUAAAUGGCAAACUCUGAAUGCAAACAGAACAUUGUGGAAGCUGGGAACAUUGCCUCCUGGGUUGGCAACAUUCUACAAGUUGUCCCAUCCACUUGACAAGUCAUGGCAUGUUUUAGGUCUCGGAUACAACCCUAAUAUAGACAAGUCUUUGAUUGAAGGUGCUGCGGUGGUUCACUAUAACGGUAAUAUGAAGCCUUGGUUGGAAAUCGGCAUAUCGAAAUUCAAGCGACACUGGGCUCAGUAUGUCAAGUAUGACCACCUUUGGCUGCAGCAGUGUAACAUUAAUGAAUGAAAAUGACGUCAUGAUCACACUAUAUUCGGACACUCUGGCACGUUGAGCAAGAAUGGUUGCCUACAUCAAAUGGAUUUACAGGGGAACGUCAUGUGCCUGAUUAUGGGCGAUCCUAAUGCAAAUGGAUCUAUCUGCGAAGUCAUGAUGUAAAGAAGGACGCUGGAAUAAUGCUCUGUACUAUUUCCUGAGAAUCUUCUUGAUGGUUGAAUUGUCAGCCUCAAGUUUUUGGAGCUUUACUCUUACUGUCUAGAAGGCGUUUGAACAUACUCUCAACCUUUUUCACGCAAGUACUUUUUUGAUCUUCCAGUGACGUGAAACGUAUUGAGCAAACAGAGCUCAAGCAACCGUAAAAGAUCCAAGCUGGUCCGGCUAUGGUAAACAUCCUGUAGGAAGCAACGGCGUACGUAAAGGAAUAAAAACGAAAAAUGUAGAAGGGUUAUCCCUUUCACACAUAGCAAGGCGUAUCAUAUUCUUUCAGAGCUUUAGAAAGGUGGAUCAAUGUUGAAUACGAUAGUUUUACAUAGACGUUAUGACUUAACCCAGGAAGGUGAAUGUGCUAGUGUUGUCGCAUGCUAAUUUUAGAUAUCGCCACCAUCCCGUAGUCGUUUUUGUCUGUCAAUCAUCUGAUAUCGUGUCUUUCUGUAGUUUGAGAAGCUGAAGAAUAUCGUGUAUGAAGUACGGAGCAGCUUCGAACACAACCUCAGGUGUCAAUUGACGAUCAAAAGGUCAACUGAGACCAGACAAUGUGUGUAGCCCAUCUCUUCGACUACAAUUUUCUACUGACCAUAUCCAGAAUGAGAAGAAAUAUAGGUAGAACCAGCUAAUUCCUGCAGAGAUAGUGUUGCUUUAACACUUCCCAUUGUCAACGUGUGACCUCCUAGCUUGUCUCGGUCACGGCCUCAAUUUUUAGGAGUAAAUUGCUUUGAAAUUUUGAAUUCGAUUUCUUUUAUUCUCUAAUCAUUCGAUUUGGAAUCAGUAAGGGCGAUUUCAACUCCUGUUUCUCCCGUCGUCUACAGCUGUUUCCAUCCUCGAGGCUGGCGACUGUAGCCCGAUUAAUAUAAUUCCAAUCUACUUUGUUAUCGAGCCCGUAGAUAAACGGGUUUUGUCUGUA